CCCGGGCAGCGCGCGUUCGCUGCCUCGUUAGCUUCGGGAUGAUCGGCCAGAAGACCCUCCACUCCUUCUUCUCCCCGGGCCCCGUCAGCAAGCGACGCGAGCCCAGCCCCGAGCCGGCCGCCCCGGGGACCGGCUUGGCGGCUGCCGCUGAGGAGAACGGACAUGCGGCGGCGAACCCCGCCAAGAAGGUCCGGGCGGGAGAGAACGAGCCCGGCACGCCGCCCUCGUCGCCCCUGAGCCCCGAGCAGCUGGUCCGCAUCCAGAAGAACAAGGCCGCGGCCCUGCUCCGGCUCGCGGCCCGCAACGUGCCGGCGGGCUUUGGGGAGAGCUGGAAGAAGCAGCUGUGUGGAGAGUUCGGGAAGCCGUACUUUAUCAAGCUCAUGGGAUUUGUUACGGAAGAGAGGAAGCGUUACACUGUUUACCCACCCCCACACCAAGUCUUCACAUGGACCCAGAUGUGUGACAUACGAGAUGUGAAGGUUGUCAUCCUGGGACAGGAUCCAUAUCAUGGACCCAACCAAGCGCACGGGCUGUGCUUCAGCGUCCAGAGGCCUGUCCCGCCUCCGCCCAGUUUGGAAAACAUCUAUAAAGAGCUGUCCACAGACAUCGAAGGCUUUGUGCAUCCUGGCCAUGGCGAUCUGUCCGGAUGGGCCAAACAAGGCGUGCUGCUCCUCAACGCUGUGCUCACGGUGCGCGCCCAUCAGGCCAACUCCCAUAAGGAGAGGGGAUGGGAAGAGUUCACUGACGCCGUGGUGGCCUGGCUGAACCAGAACUCCAGCGGCCUCGUCUUCCUGCUCUGGGGCUCCUACGCCCAGAAGAAGGGCAGUGCCAUCGACAGGAAGCGGCACCACAUCCUGCAGACGGCUCAUCCGUCUCCCUUGUCAGUGCAUCGAGGGUUCUUCGGGUGCAGGCAUUUUUCUAAGACGAAUGAGUUGCUGCGCAAGUCUGGCAAGAAGCCCAUCGACUGGAAGGCGCUGUGACCUGGAGUUGAAUUCGUGGGUCACAAGAAGCUGCUGUUGAUUUGAUCCAUCUGUAACCAAGUCACAUCGGAACUUAAGUGCUGUGGACAUGGCAGGGGCUGCCCUUGGGCCCAGUGUCUUUCUCUGCACUCGCUCAGUUGAAGAUGUGAACUGAGGCAGGCCUGACUGUGGAUGUGGGAGAUCGACGGUGCCCUGGUGCUCUCUUCCUGCGCGGCCGCUGGCAGGCCAGGAGCACCUUUUUGAUAGAGCUGGUAGUUUGCUGCCUGCCGCUGCUGUUUACCUGUUAGGUCAGCUCACCUUGCCAGAUGUCGCUUGGGAAGACCCCCUGGGCCUGGUCUCUGCCAGAUGUGCUGUCCCCCUGAUCUUUCAGGGAGCCCUCAGUCCUCUGGUGAGGAUGAUUGUGAAGGUGUCCUCGCUGGGUGAGCCUUGGCACUCGGGGGCUGAGAGAAGGCGUCAGGUUCUGGUUGGUUCUGUUUAACUUGAGUGUGUCUUGAGGAAGUGGUAGAAGUUAAAUGCGAAAGUUGGGGAGGAAGGGGUUUCUGGGGUGUUCUUUUAACCGGGCGGAGGUGUUUUCCUCCAGAUAUCCUGACUUGAAGUUUUGUUUCUUUUUUUAAGGCAGCAGCGACUGCCACAUGCUGUAUUUUUAUGGGCUGAAGUCACUUGGCUAUGUUUUCUACAACACUGGAAGUUUUCUUCUAUUUUUUUAUAAUUUUUUUUAACGAAUAUGCUUAAGCAGGAAGAUACUUUUUCAAUCCUUUUAUAAGAGGCCAUCUUGAGUGUGUACUUCCAUCCCUGAUCUUGUUAGUGCUGGCUGAGUUAAUCCUGCGCAGAGUUGCUAAUAAAGGAUUGUUGAAGCUUCA